GUUUUCCAGGUCUUCCUUAGGUCAGAUUUAUUACUGUACACUGCACUGCAUUUUCAGUUUUCACUCUCCGUUUAUUUUUGUACUAUUUAUUUACAUAGACCUGUAAAUGUGCACAGGCGAAUGGAUACAAACAGCAUUUUGUGCAGUAACAAAUGAAAUGACAACAGAUGAAUGAAUGCACAUGCGCGCUAUUUUGCACAAGAACAAGCGAGAUGACAGCAGAGUGUAUUGAAUUGACAAGGCGUUAAUAAUAUCGGCGCUAGGACCCAUAUGGGAAGCGGGGAAAAACUCCAAAUUGGAACAAAGAAAAGAAGACAACUGUGAAGAGAGAUAAGGACAACCAGCGACCAAAAGAAAGAAACGACGGGGCGCUUUGCUGGGGUUGAAGCCAUCUAAACCAAUAAGGUCACUAGGGCCAAUCGGGACGGGUGGAGCUGCUUGAGCGCGGGUGCGUGCACGAGCGAGUGAGCGCGCUUUUAGACUCGGCAGGGAAUUAGCUGCGAAGAGAGAAACGAAGCAGCCGAUUAUAGCACCUGAAACGGCAGGCAGCCUGCCGCUGCCGCUCCUGAACAAAGGCACAGUGAUGAAGUUGGAUUCAGCAGCUUGAAGGAGCAGAGUGACAGGAUGCUUGCAUCUGACUGGCUGGCACGGAGGAUUUCAUGAAACACGAGCUUGGAAGUGGAAAAAUCUCAUUUAGGAGAAAAUGGGCAGCAGAGAAGACGCGAAGACAGCGAGCGCAUAAGCGCGGUGUUAUCCACGAAUAUUUUAUUUUUUACCUGAGGAACAGAAAUCGUUUCACGUCCACGGCGGAUUCAACGCUGUACCAGGGAGCGGAUGCAGGAGCAUGCGGGAGAGAGACAGUCAGCUGGCAGUGUGAAAAUGAGCCUUUCCCCAGCUGGAGGCUCCCCCUCUGGGAAGGUGGGAUGUUGCGGCUUGCCUCUCGAAGACAUGCAGGCACUGGCCAUUAGCUCUCUGGCGGCGGCUGAUGUUCAUAAACACUAUGAAGCCAUUCGUGAGCUGGGAAAGGGCACCUAUGGAAAAGUGGACCUAGUGGCACAUCGCACUCAAGGAACCAAACUGGCACUGAAGUUUGUCAACAAAAAUAAGACAAAGCUCAAGAGCUUCCUACGUGAGUACAGCAUCACCAGCUCCUUGAGCUCCAGCCCAUUCAUCAUCAAGGUGCUGGAUGUGCUUUUCGAGACUGAGGACAGCUACGUCUUUGGCCAGGAGUAUGCACCUGCAGGGGACCUCUUUGACAUCAUUCCCCCACAGGUGGGUCUGCCAGAGGAGAUGGUGAAACGCUGCAUCCAGCAACUGGGACUGGCACUUGACUUCCUACACUCCAAGAACCUGGUUCACCGGGAUGUCAAGCCAGAGAACGUACUACUGUUUGACCGGGAGUGCCGGAGAGUAAAGUUGGCAGACUUUGGAAUGACUCGUCGAGUGGGUUGUCGGGUAAAAAGGAUCAGUGGCACUAUCCCUUACACUGCUCCUGAAGUGUGCCAGGCAAGCCGUUCAGAGGGAUUUGUGGUAGACUGUAGCCUGGAUGUCUGGGCAUUUGGAGUCCUCAUUUUCUGUAUGCUGACAGGCAACUUCCCCUGGGAGGCAGCUCUUCCAUCAGAUCCCUUCUACGAGGAGUUCUGGCGAUGGCAGCGGGGUCCAUGCCGGUCAGGGGCCUAUCCAUCGCAAUGGCGUCGAUUCACCGAUGAUGCUCUACGUAUGUUUCAGAGGCUCCUGGCUGUGGAGCCCGAGAAGCGUUGUGUGGUGAAGGAUGUGUUCUUCUUCAUUAAGUAUGAUCUAAUGUGUGAACUGCGCCGCCGACCUUCCUGCCGGGGCAAGAAGCAGGAAAGGGUGGGCCAAGGUGGAGUGGGUAGUGGCCAGUCUAGAACGGGUCACAGACACUCCGACCCAGCAAGCAGCACAAAUUCUUCUUGCCUUGGUCCAGCCCCACUCAAGCGCAGUGGCCUUCUUUCCGAUUCCCUAUCUUCAAGACAAAGCACUGACCCCACUGUAGUCUCUGCAUCCAGCCGGCAAGAGAAGGGCAAAGGACAAAUGGUCAUGGCAACUGCCAUUGAGAUCUGUGUCUGACUGUCAUAAAGGCAGCUGGGCUCUUUUCUGGAAUGUGGACAAGGAAGUUUCCAACAGGACAAUUGUCCAUUCACCUGUUAUGUCCUGAAGUGCUGACUCUUGAAUUGAAAUUGUCACACUUAAUAGUCAAACCACUGCUUUCCGUGGACCACAAAUUGGCUGUGUUCACCUCUGUCUUUGAAGUCGUCUUCAAGUCUGUUUCUAGGUCUGCCACCCCAAUAGUGCAUUCAAGGAUAAAGGUCGUGACUGCAAGGUUCUGAAAGUGCAAGGAGACUCCACUUAUCAAGAGCAAAGAUACUGAAGAGAUUAAAUAUCCUCCGUCCAUGUGUCGUGAAUGGAGUUUCCCAGCAUAGUUGUUCAUCUGUAGGCACCGUUCUGCCAUUGGCUUUCUUAACAAUGAAGAGGAGAGAGAAAGAAAGUCGCUUCUUGUGACCUUGCAGUGGAAAUGCACAGAUUUAGCGAUAAGAAAGAACACGCACAUAUACACACAUGCAUGACUGGUGCUGAUGUAAUGGCAGACUUUCCACAUUAGAGACGCAUGCCUAAAAUUAGAAAAGGGCCUGAGAGGAACUAUCUGUAAGCACAAAAUCAUGGAGAGCACUUGCUCAUCAACCAGGACCAAUGGCAAAUGGUUUGGUUUGGAGUGCCAGCCCAAACUGAGGCACUCCACAAUGCUGCUGCUGUGAAAAUGGCCAGGUAGGUCAACGACCAGCUGGAAAACACUUAAGAACUGUGUUCCAUGGACUCGUGUUUUAGUCUUGUGAGCUUGAGAAGGAGAGGAAUGCACUGUGGAGGUGAGGCAUGGCCUCCCACAAUGACUGCCUGUCCCAUUUAGAGCUUGACUUCUGUGCAGAGGGGCCAUCUUGAGUACCCUGACCUGCUUUUCUUCCUUCUUUCCUUCCUUCAGCUCUUUUACCCUUGGUGCCGUCAUCUUGAUCCCAGCACAUGACUAGCUGUAAAACGGGUGCUUUUCUUCCCUUUCCAAAGGCAAUAUGUUGGGACCAACUCUAAAACGCUCCUCUAGGGGCUGAAAAGGGAUGUGCAUAUAGGGUGCUGACCAUGCAUUGACUUAAAAAGCACACAUAUUGUGGCCAACAGGUGCUGGACAGAUGGUUGCUGUGGACUUUUGAAGUAAGCUAAUUGCAGGGUAGAAAAUGUAGCAAAAGUUCCAUGAGACAUGGAAGGACACAACGUUUUUAGAAAUAGGUUUAUAAACACUUCCUGGGAGGCACCAGUGGAUAUGGGUUCAAGUGAAAGUUCUGACUAGCUAGUGAGCUGGCAAGCCUGCAAGUUAAUUAACAAAAAAAAAUGUUCUUGCCUGUCACUGGUGUGUUCAUGGAAUUGCUACCAUUUCACUUUUUCUAUGAGAAAAUUUUCUGAGCCUCCUGCCUUAUUGUAAAAAGAAAGUGGACACACACACACACAAAAAAAGGUAACCUUGUCACAUAAAGACCACUGAAACUCAGAAAAGGGAAGUCAACACCGAGCAGCUUGAGUGAGGUAGAAAGACAGAAGUGAAAGCCUUCCUUAAUCUGACGCCUUGUCUUACAGAGGUCAGAAAGGAACAAUGGUGCGGGAGAAAGUGAGUAGCUAAAGGAAACCACAUGACCUCACGGUGCAGAAUAACUAACUUGAACCACCACCCGCAGGUGCCCCCAGAGGAUUUUAGAAACUCUUAACUGCCUUAGUCUUAACGUGUCUAAUAGCGCAAUAAUGUAGAGAUUAAUCGUGCAUUCGAGAUUCCAGAUGUUUACCUCAGUUUUGUCUGACUGUACAAACUCACUUUUUUCCACUUGGAGAAGUAGAUGUACAUAAUUCUGAAAAAAUAAAUAUAUAUAUAAAUAUAUAUAUAUAUACAUAUAUAUGAAGGUGAUAUAAUAAAUCUUGAUCUUGUGUGUC